CCAGUCCCGGAAAAUUAUUAAUUCACGCUGUGGGCGCGGUCCCGUUGAACUCCCUGGCGCGUGUGUGCAAAUUUUGGGCUCUCUCGCGGGACAGGGGUCAGGAGAGCGUUGCGCAGGGGCCCAUUUCCCAGACGAGUACGCCGAGGCCAGGGCAUGAUGGACUUCCCCAGCUCUCUCCGCCCCACGCUGUUUAUGAGCGGCCCCCUUGGUCUGAGCAGUGUCCCCAAUCUGUCCUUUAUGUGCAGCUGGAGAGAUGCACUGACCCUGCCAGAGUCCCAGCCCCAGAGUGCUGAGAAUGUGGCACCACACUUGGCCAGGGACCUGCGAUGGGAGCCGGAGACCCCUGGGCCCUUUCCCCUGCUGCCUCCUAGUCCUGAUCCCUGGGACCCUGGGCCGACUGCCCACGACCUGCUUUUCCGUGGUGGUCACCAGUCCUGCAGACGGCCCCGAGCCACACUGGAUGUUACUGAGCAGCUCAGCCGCUUCCUGUGGGAUCAUGGAGACAUUGCCUUUGGGCCCCUGGGGAACCUGAUGCAGGAGAAUUUCAAACUUGAGGGCGCACGGAGCCGCUCUAAGACGAAGACGGUGGUCAGUGUGAAGAGGCUGCUUCAGGACCUUGGUGGACACCAGCCCUGGGGGUGCCCCUGGGCAUACCUCAGCCACCGGCAGCGCCGAUUCUCUAUCCUCGGGGGCCCGGUCCUGGGUGGGCCCGUGGCCAGCCUCCUGGGGGAGCUGCUGAAGGAAGAACUGGCAGGACGCUGGGGGCAGCUACUCUUGGAUGAUGCCUUCACUGGGGGUGCCCUGGCGUGGGUGCCCGGGAAGAUGCCCCUGGUUGGGCAGCUGGUCUACCCCAAUGGAGGUGCCCUGGACAGGCUGUGCUUCCAAGAGGUCAGUGUGACCCCAGGCAGUGACCCCCAGGUCCUUGGGGACCCUGGCCAUAUCCAGCUCCGAGGACCUGUCCGGCAGGUGGUGACGCGCACUGUCCAAGGAGAAGCUCUGCUGGCAGUCCGCUCCGACUACCACUGUGCUGUGUGGAAGGUCAGUAAACAGGGGCGGCCGGCCCCACUCCAGGUGCUGCAGGUGGAGAAGGGAGCCACAGGGAUCAAUCUCAGCCCUCACCUGCCUGGGGAGCUAGCCGUCUGCAGCCGUUCCGGAGCCGUCUGUCUGUGGACCCCGCAGGAUGGGCUGCAGCAAGUCUACAAGGACCCUGAGACCCUAGUGUUCCGGGACCCCUCUCCCUGGCGCUGGGCAGACUUCACUGCCCACCCUCGGGUGCUGACUGUUGGUGAUCGCACUGGAGUGAAAAUGAUAGACACGCAGGGCCCACCAGGCUGUGGUCUGCUGCUUUUUCGUGGGGGAGCAGAGGCCUCUUGCCAGAAAGGGGAACGCGUUCUGCUCGCCCAGUACCUGGGGGAGUCCAGUCCGGCAUCUCUGAGUCCCACCCUCCAUCUCAUCUGCACUCAGCUUUUCCCUGGCCUGCAGUUCUCGCUCUACCUGGUGGAUGAGCGCCUCCCCUUGGUGCCCAUGCUGAAGUGGGCCCACGGCCUGCCCUCUGCACCCCUGAUGGCCCAGUUGCUGCCCGCACCCUGCCCCGGUGCCCCUCGGCCCCUGCUUCUGGGGGGCCAGGGUGGCCAGCUGCAACUGCUGCACCUCUCAGGAGAGGAGGUUUCUGUACCCCGGCUGGCAGGGCCCCCUCAGUCCCUUCCAGCGAGGACCGACGCCCUCUCUGGGUUCCCUCUGCUGGAACCUGCAAGUCAGCGGCGGCUGCAGGAGCGGCUGGAUGCUCCAACCAUAGGUCUGGCAGCUGCCGUCCCGCCCUCUGCCUCCACAUCAGGCCUGGCACUCUUCCACCUCUCCAAGGCAGGAGAUGUAUUCUACCAGCACCUGCGCCUCCAGGAGGGAUCCAGCUUCUGCAGGGAUGCUGGGCUUCCCAGCGACCCCAGCCCCGAGCCCCACACACCCACAGCAGCAGCUCCCACCCCAAGCAGGACACCCACACCCACCACAGCUUCCUGGACGCCCCAGGCCACUGCCUAUUGCAGCCGGUGGCUGAAGGCCCUGCUCAAGGUGCCGCUGCCCCCACCUGUGUGGACAGCACCUACCUUUUCCCACCGCCACCUUCUGGGCUACAAGGAGCAGCUGCAGGAUGGGGGUAAAGUGCUGGCAGGUCUGCGAGCAGCCAUGACCCAGGGGCGGCUCCUGCGGCAGAGGGACGUGGGCUCAUUCCCCACAGCUGAGCCGCCCCCAGCCCCUGAGUCUGGCCCAGAGGAUGAGCUCAGUGAACGUCUGGACGAAGCCUGGGAGGGCCGGGGAGCAGACUGGUGGAGGAGACGACAGGGCAGGAGCUUGGGGCUGGGGCACCAGCCAAGGCGGCACAAGCGCCGCACUCAGCUUUCCAGCACCUUCUCCUCACUCAGUGGCCGCUGGGACCUCUCUGACGGCCCCAGCCCCCCUCCCAGCCCACAUCGCACGUCGCCUGUGCCCCGGCCUCUGCCCCCAGCCACCCCCCACUCCCAGGGGCUGACCCAGGAGCUGUGGACCCGGGGUGUCCCUGUGGAGCGGCAGCAGACACUCCAGGAUUACAUGGCAAGACUGCCUUCUUCUGGCCUUGGGGCCACCUCUGCACCCCCGUCCCAGGCCUCCAGCAUCCGGAGCACCCCGUCCAGACAGCAGGCCCCCCGAAAGAAGUCCCGCAUGGGCUUCUGAGGGCACAAGGCAGCUGUCCCCCAAACCCCCAGCGAACUGUGUGGUUGAGCAGCCAAGCCUUGGUGUUGAGGGGGGCACUACCGGUACUGCCUUUUCACAUCUGAAGACUCUGUGGUUGUGGAGGAAGGAACAGGGGCUAACAAGAUCAUUUCUCCUGUUCUUUACAAAUUUACCUGAAGACUCCACAAGAUGUGCUGAAGGCCCAGUGGUCAGGGUCAGUAUGGGAAGUCCCUCCAGGGGACAGUGGUGCUGCGGUGGAAAAUGGGACUCAGCAUAGUCUGGGCGGCUCCAUCACGCACCAGCGAGGCCUCAGGCAAGUGACUUGCUGUCCGUACCUCAGUAUACCCCCAUGAAAUCAGGGAUAACAGUCACCAGCUACCUCACUGUGAUAUAACUGUAAAGCUCAGUAAACGUCAGCAGCUGCUGCUGGUUUUGGUUUGUGUUUGUUAAACAAUUUCUACCAUGGUCUAAUGUCUUGUAGAGAUAGGCUUUGGGCCCAGGCUUGGGGGUUGAACACUUGUCAGCUGAAUGUGAUUUCUAAUGAUGGAGUUUCUUAGACUGGACAGCACCCCCUUAUGAGGCUCCUGACUUCUAAAGUGCCACUUCCUGAGUUUCUGUCGCUCCACUAGACGAUUGUGCUCUCCUGUGGAGAACACCCAUUUGAAGCUUCAUGGGACCAGGGUCUGAUAUAGAUUCCUAAUCACAUUAAGAGAGGAAUGGGCCUGUCCUCAGGGUAGCUGAAGAAAUAAAAGGAAUUACCUGUGACUGGCGUGAGUAUUGGAAACCUUGGUGGCAUAGUGGUUAAGUGCUACGGCUGCUAACCAACGGGUCGGCAGUUCAAAUCCACCAGACGCUCCUUAGAAACUAUGGGGCAGCUCUUCUCUGUCCUACAGGGUUGCUAUGAGUCGGAAUCGACUCGACAGCAGUGAGUUUGGUUUGGUGGGUUUGGUGGCAUGAGUAUUAAAUAAUCCAGUAACACACUGCCUUGCACUGAUA